AUGCGCACUGUCAACAGGGAUGCUAUUGUCGAGCUCGAGACACACAUGACGCGCAUGACAAACUCCUUGUCAUCCAUUCAAUUCAAGGGCAAGACAGCAUCUCAAACACAAGCAGCCAAUGAAGCACUGGCAUCGUUGCGAGAUCCUGUGGGCUUUGAAGCCAAAGUGAUCCCAUUGCUAAGAAAAGGGCUGACUGAAUACUAUAGCCAAGUCGAUGCGACCACACAUACAGAACACCCUUCUGAGGCAAAAGUAUCACUGAUGGCAACGUACUCGUUUGAGACACAACAACCGCUUUUCGCUGCGCAUGUCGCUGCUUUACCCAGCAUCCCACCCAAUAAACGUGUCAAGGUCGAGAUUGAGAGAAAAGAGAGAACGGCGCCUGAAGUCAAGGAUUCACAAUGGGUCAGAGAUCGACAACAACUCGAAAAAAACAAGCCUGUGGAUGUAAAUGAAGUCUUGUUGAUGGAUGACCAAGACCGACUGUAUGAAGGCAUGGCGUCUAAUUUUUUGGUGGUCAAAGAUGGUGCUGUUGUAUGUGCCUCGUUGGAUCAUAUCCUGCUGGGAUCCAUCUUGAAGAUUGUUAUCAAGGUAUGCAAAGAGCAUGACAUUCCAUUGAAAUGGGAGUUUCCCACAUUACAAGAUGGCAAGCAAGGGAAGUGGGAGGGUUGUUUCUUGACCAGCACAUCGAGACUUUUGUUGCCGAUUGAAACCAUCCUUGUAGACAAUGAAAGAAUUGAAUUCAAGGAAGCAUCGACUCUGGUGGAGUUUUUGAGAAACCAAGUUGCUAAUAAAAUAUACAAGGCUGCGUAUAAAGUGCUGCCAUGA